AUGCCUGCUAGUGAAGCGAUGGAGCACUUGAAAAUUACAAGUGAAACUAGGACAAACGAGCCAAAAGCUGAAGUUGUGCCCGAUGCAACUGCUCCACCCCAGGAGGAAGAGGUCAUUCUUGGCGAAGAUGGCCAACCACUUUCCAAAAAGGCCUUGAAGAAAUUGCAAAAGGAAAAGGAGAAACAGGCCAAAAAGGCCGAAAGAGAAGCUCAAUUGGCGAAAGAAAAAGCUGCUAAGGAGCAAGAAGCAGCUAGCGACCCAGCAAAAGCCAACUACGGCAAAUUGCCACUUAUCAACUCUUCUUCCAAAAGCGAAACCAGGAGGGUCAACAUUGCUGAUUUGUCCGCUAAAAACGAUGGAGAAACCGUUGUCUUUAGGGCAAGAGUGCACAAGACCAGGCAACAGGGCGCCACCAUGGUUUUCCUCACGUUGAGACAGCAAACCAACUUGAUCCAGGCCUUGUUAAAGAGCAAUAAGGACACCGACAGCGGGGCAAUCUCGAAACAAAUGGUUAAAUGGGCCGGCGGCAUAAAUUUGGAGAGUAUCGUGUUGAUAGAAGGUGUCGUGGCCAAAGUCGACGAGUUGGUCAAGUCUGCCACGGUGCAAGACGCCGAGAUCCACAUCAACAAAAUCUACACCAUUCAAGAGACACCCGAGCAAUUGCCGCUUUUGAUUGAAGAUGCAUCGAGAACGGAAAAAGAGGCCGAGGAGCUUGGAUUGCCAGUGGUCAACUUGGACACAAGGUUGGAUGCCAGGGUCAUUGACUUGAGAACACCAACAAACCAAGCCAUUUUCAAAAUCCAAUCCGGUGUCUGCCAGCUAUUCAGAGAAUUCUUGGUGAAGAAGAAUUUCGUGGAAAUCCACACUCCAAAGAUUAUUGGCGCUGCCUCCGAAGGCGGCUCCAAUGUUUUUGAGAUUAACUAUUUCAAAGGCUCAGCAUUCUUGGCUCAAUCGCCUCAGUUGUAUAAGCAACAGUUGAUUGCUGGUGAUUUUGAAAAAGUGUUUGAGAUUGCUCCUGUUUUCAGAGCUGAAAACUCAAACACCCACCGCCACAUGACCGAGUUUACAGGGUUGGAUUUGGAAAUGGCGUUUGAGGAGCACUACGACGAAGUCUUGGCUGUGUUGGAAGAGCUUUUCCUUUUCAUCUUUACAGAGUUGAAAAACAGGUACGGAAAGGAGAUUGACACUGUGAGAAGACAAUUCCCGGUUGAGGAGUUCAAGAUCCCUAAAGACGGCAAGAUGGUCAAAUUGCAUUUCAAAGAAGGUAUUGCCAUGUUGAGAGAAGCAGGAAAACAAGUCGACGACUUUGAAGAUUUAUCCACUGAGAAUGAGAAAUUGUUGGGCAAGUUGGUGCGUGAGAAAUACGACACUGACUUUUACAUCUUGGACAAGUUCCCAUUAGCGGUGAGACCAUUCUACACCAUGCCAGACGCAGAAGAUCCAAACUAUUCCAACUCGUAUGAUUUCUUCAUGAGGGGAGAAGAAAUCUUAUCGGGAGCCCAACGUAUCCACGACCCCGAAUUGUUGAAAAAGAGAAUGGCUGCUCAUGAAGUCGACCCUAAUGUCCCCGGUUUGAACGACUAUGUUGAUGCCUUCACAUACGGAUGUCCACCUCACGCUGGUGGUGGUAUUGGAUUAGAGAGAGUCGUGAUGUUCUUUUUGGAUUUGAAAAACAUUCGUCGUGCCUCGUUAUUCCCAAGAGACCCAAGACGCUUGAGACCAUAG